AUGUAUCAAUGUCUAUUGGGAGAACAUGUGAAAGUGCCUUGGAGAAGCGUUAUGUGCAACAACAGGGCCACCCCUAAGAGCUUGUUUAUCACUUGGCUUUCUCUUUGGAAUAGACUUCCUACUAGAGACGGGCUUGUGACAUGGAAGGAUAUUACCACUGACUGUUGUCCUCUUUGCACCAACGAGAAAGAAUCAGCUGCUCAUUUAUUAUUUGAAUGUGACUAUUCUGCAGCUGUGUGGAAUGACAUACUGCACAGUCUACGGUUUAGCAGGAGAUCUGCUCCUUUUGAUAAAGAGCUAAUAUGGGUUCUGAAAGCCACCAAGAGGACUGGAGAUAGGCACAAGCUUUUGCUGAUGUAUUUUGCUGAAUGCAUUUACAGCAUUUGGCUCCAGAGGAAUGAAAUGGUGUUUAAUCAGAAGUGUAGAAGUCGGCCAUCUGACAUCCUGCUAGAUAUUAAUUUAUAG